AUGCCGGAACAGCGAUUUAAACAUUUUUUACCAAAAAUGCUUCAUGUAACUUAUCUCGCUCUCGCUCUACAUCGUGUAGCUGAGAAAAUCCGUAGUGAUUAUCCGUUGGUUGACAAACUUAUUUUGUCCGUUAAAAAAGCAUUAUUUAAAUGUCCAGCAAGUAUAAAAAUAUUUAAAGAUGAAGUACCAGAACUGAAUUUGCUCCCAGAACCAGUGAUAAGGCAUUGGGGGACGUGGUUGAACGUGGCUAUUUAUUACUGCGACUCGUAUAAAACAAUAAAAACAAUAAUAGAAAAAUUUGAUCACGAUGAUACUUUGUCUAUAUAA